AUGCCAGUUGCCUCAGCCUGGGAUGCCAAUAUGCUCUCCACUCUGGUGUCCCACUCUGAUUCCACUUUCUCAGCUGAGGAGGCCACAGUGAUUGCCAUAGUCACUAGCAAUGCCACUGAUGAAUACAUGCCCCUCACUCACCAGUGUUACUGGUAUGCUCAGAUCAUUUUCAACACCAUCAUUGAGAUGCAGAUGUACUGCACAAAAUGGGAAAAGUGGUUGGAGGAUAUUGAGGUUAUGAAAAAGAAUUUCACAUAUACUGAUUCUUGGAUUGUAGAAGAAGGAGAGGCCAUUGAGAAUUGUCAAAAGAGAAAGACAGGCAAAGUAGAGGAGAGAAAGUUCUUACCAUCCACUUCUCAUAAUUAUUUGAUGCAAGUAGCAAGGACCUGA